AAAAACCUCCAAUCUCCAAACAACGCAAAGGCAAAACCCAAAAACCUCCCCAUAUGCUAUGCGGCUCUAAACUCAGGGCUGCACUUUCCUCUCAUCUCCGCCGCCACUCCUCAGCUUUCUCUCUUCCUCUCCGCCGUUUCUCUUCCACGGUCGCCGCCACCAUGGCCUCCAAUAAUCAACCCAAAGACGAAUCCUACCUGAACCAAGUCAUCCCCAAGCGCAUCCAGCUCUUCCAAUCCAUCCAAGCCAAACUCCUCACCGAACGCCUCUCUCUCUCCUCCGAUCCCAUCAAGAUUACGUUGCCGGAUGGGACUGUGAAGGAAGGGAAGAAGUGGGUGACAUCGCCAUUGGACGUUGCGAGAGAGAUUUCGAAGAGUUUGGCUGCCAACGCUUUGAUUUCUGAGGUCAAUGGGGUUCUCUGGGACAUGUCUAGGCCUUUGGAGUCUGAUUGUGAGCUCAAGCUCUUCACUUUUGAAUCCGACGAAGGCCGUGACACUUUCUGGCACUCCAGCGCUCACAUUCUCGGCCAGUCGCUUGAGCAAGAGUAUGGGUGCAAGUUGUGUAUUGGACCCUGUACUACAAGGGGAGAGGGUUUCUAUUAUGAUGCAUUUUAUGGUGAUUUGGGCUUGAAUGAUGAUCACUUCAAGAAAAUUGAAUCAGGGGCAAUGAAGGCUGUUACGGAGAAACAGCCUUUUGAGCGCAUUGAAGUAUCAAGGGAUGAGGCACUUGAAAUGUUUUCUGACAAUAAUUUUAAGAUUGAAAUCAUCAAAGAUUUGCCUGCAGACAAGACAAUAACGGUAUAUAGAUGUGGGCCCUUGGUUGAUUUGUGUCGUGGACCACAUAUACCAAACACAUCCUUUGUCAAAGCAUUGGCUUGCUUGAAGGCUUCAUCAGCUUACUGGAGGGGGAAUAAAGACCGUGAGAGUUUACAGAGGGUCUAUGGAAUUUCUUAUCCUGAUCAAAAACGCCUGAAGGAAUACUUGCAUAAUCUGGAAGAAGCAAAGAAAUAUGACCAUAGAUUGUUGGGUACAAAGCAAGACCUUUUCUUUUGUCACCCACUCAGCCCAGGAAGUUGGUUCUUCCUACCGCAUGGGACACGAAUAUACAACAAAUUGGUGGACUUUAUAAAAAGUCAAUAUAGGGAGAGAGGAUACCAAGAGGUUGUGUCACCAAAUAUGUACAAUAUGCAACUUUGGGAAACAUCUGGUCAUGCUGCAAAUUACAAGGAGAAUAUGUUUUUAAUUGAGAUAGAAAAACAAGAGUUUGGACUGAAACCAAUGAAUUGCCCUGGGCACUGUUUAAUGUUUCAACAUAGAGUUCGUUCAUAUAGAGAACUUCCUCUUCGGCUUGCUGAUUUUGGGGUUCUUCACCGAAAUGAGGCCAGUGGUGCACUCACUGGAUUGACUCGUGUCAGGAGAUUUCAGCAGGAUGAUGCUCAUAUCUUCUGCCGGGAAUCCCAGAUAAAAGAUGAAGUGCGGGGUGUCCUAGAAUUCAUCAAAUAUGUGUAUGGUAUAUUUGGGUUCACCUUUGACUUGAAGCUAUCCACAAGGCCUGAGAAAUACUUAGGAGACUUGGCUACAUGGGAGAAAGCUGAGACUGCUCUUGGAGAAGCAUUGGAUGAGUUUGGGAAGCCAUGGCAGAAAAAUGAAGGAGACGGUGCAUUUUAUGGUCCAAAGAUAGAUAUUAGUGUAUCUGAUGCAUUGAAUAGGAAAUUCCAGUGUGCAACAUUACAGCUUGACUUCCAGCUUCCUGCUCGUUUUGAAUUGUAUUACUCUGCAGAGGAUGAAGCCAAGAGGGAGACACCUGUUAUGAUACACAGAGCCAUUCUAGGGUCUGUUGAGCGUAUGUUUGCUAUAUUGUUGGAGCACUACAAAGGAAAAUGGCCUUUCUGGCUUAGUCCACGCCAAGCAAUUGUUUGCCCUGUGUCAGAGAAAUCUCAGCCAUAUGCACUAAAGGUGCAAGAUGAGAUAUUUAAAGCUGGUUAUCAUGUUGAUGUUGAUACAACUGAUAGAAAGAUCCAGAAAAAGGUACGAGAAGCUCAGUUAGCGCAGUACAACUAUAUAUUGGUUGUUGGUGAGGAUGAAGCCAACAAUGGAAAGGUGAGCGUACGAGUGAGAGACAAGGCAGAUCACUCAGCAAUGAGCAUUGAACACCUACUGAAACACUUCGUGGAAGAAGUUGCAGCAUUCCAUUAGGUUUUUGUUUAUCAUACUAUUAUUAACAGUUACAUUUAUCCUCAUUCUUAUUGGUACCAUGCCCCUGUACUAUUAUUUAUAUUUUGUUGCUUAGUAUAGAUUGUUCCUUUGGGCUUUAGUCUCUCCAUUAAACCAAAGGGAAAAAAAAAGAAAAAGAAAAGAGAAGCAAAGGGUAUGUAAAUCAUUUUUGCUGUCUUGCUUCCAGUUUAUGCAUGUGGCUGCGGCAAUGUUUUAAAUCUUUUCUUGUGAUAUUCAGUUUUUCUAUUGUAAUGGAAUAUUUUAAUAGCAGUUUAA